AUGGCGUUAAAGCGUAUUACAAAAGAACUGAAAGCCAUUGAAGAAUAUUCGGAAUACUGUAGUGCUGCAAUAGUGGACGAUGAUAUGUUCCAUUGGAAAGCAGUAAUCAUGGGUCCCAAUGAUAGUCCAUAUGAAGGUGGGCUGUUUAGCCUAGACAUUCAGUUCCCAUUUGAUUAUCCAUUUAAUCCACCGGAAAUUAAAUUUACUACAAAAAUCUAUCAUCCCAAUAUUCACACAACCGGUGCGAUAUGUGUGGAUAUUCUUCGAUCACAAUGGGAUCCUGCAUGGACAAUGGGAAAACUUUUAUUGGGUAUCUGUUCAUUGUUAACCGAUGCAAAUCCUAACGAUGCAGCCAAUGCACGUGCUGCACAGUAUUACCGAGAAGAUCAACAGAAGUAUGAUAAGAUUGCACGGUGGUGCACAAAGAAAUAUGCGACGUGA